AUGACUAGGUCUUUCCUUCUUAAUGAUUCUGUCUGUAAAACUUUUACGUCUAAAUGUAAACGAAUUCUUCACCCAGGUCCAAUUUUUGGGAUGGGUAUAGUAAUUUAUCUAACCUUAAUUGGAUUAUGGAUUCAUUUUUCUACCCUUGUGGAUGUCUGGAAAUCAUUUACCUAUAUCAGCUUAUUUUUCUACUGUUCACUAUCAAUCUUCAUUUUUCGAAGUUAUGCCCUAUCUGCCUGGUAUGGCCCAGGUUUUGUUGAGCUGGGUUGGAAGCCGAAAGAUCCUAAAGAUCAGACCUCUCUGCAAUACUGUCGAAUCUGUGACGGAUAUAAAGCUCCUAGAUCUCACCAUUGUAAAGCUUGUGGCAGAUGUGUGCUCAAAAUGGAUCACCAUUGUCCAUGGAUUAACACCUGCGUAGGCUCCACUCUCUGCACUUACCGAAUCUACUACGUUUUUACUCGAUUUUUUAGUAUAUUUCGGGAUGUACAUGAUCACCGGAUGAUAUUUAGUUUCUAUGAGAUUAUUCUCGUGGUUAUAGGCCUUGGUGUUGGUUUUGGAGUUGUCAUAGCCGUUGGUGGCUUGGCAUAUUGUCAAAUUCGAGGUAUUCUUCGCAAUAGAACAGUUAUCGAGGAUUGGAUCAUGACAAAGGCUCACCAUCGGCGAGAGUACGACCUCGAUCUUAAAGAGAUGGUUUUCCCCUAUGAUUUAGGUUGGAGGACAAAUCUUCGACAAGUUGAACAAUUGCAGCAGAAGGCUCAUAAGACCAAAUCAUCUGUUUUAUUGAUUAUUAAGCGAUCCUAUUCAGGCAGUAUUAUGCCUGUGACUUUUGGCUGCCGAACACUUUUUUGUCCACCGUGUAGUGGUGAGGGCCGUGUCGCUGUGAGUACUGGUGACGUGGUUCUCGUGUCAAGAUCUAACAAAUAUUGGUACUAUGGACAAGUUAUGCCUCCACCACAAAACAAUGAUGUCCAAUUCCCUAAAGUUCCCAUUAAAGGAUGGUUUCCGAGAUUAUGUGUGUCAACGACGAAUGACAGCAGUGGCGAGGAUAAGCGCAAGCAAAAUUAA